AUGAGGACCCCAGACUUGGAGGCCGAGCCUGUGUCCUUGCCCUGCCCCUCCAGGUGGAUGGCACGCUUGAGCUUUGAGGACACCACUUCCCUCUUUGCUCAGAGGAAACCGUUCUCCCUUCAUGGAAGGUACCGAGGAGGGAAGUCGCACCUGGCCAUUGUUCAGAAGGUGAACAACGAAGGUGAAGGUGACCCCUUCUACGAGGUGCUGGGCUUGGUCACGCUGGAGGACGUCAUCGAGGAGAUCAUCAGGUCUGAGAUCUUGGAUGAGUCUGAAGACUACCACACCAAGGUGAGGAAAAAGACUGUUGCCCUGAGCACCCCUCUCAAGCGGAAGGAGGAAUUCUCCUUAUUCAAGGUGCCUGAUGAUGGACAUAAAGUAAAAAUCUCGCCUCAGCUGCUCCUGGCCACCCAGCGCUUCCUUUCCCGAGAGGUGGAUGUGUUCAGCCCCUUGCGAAUCUCCGAGAAAGUCUUGCUGUAUCUGCUGAAGCAUCCCAGUGUCAACCAGGAGGUGAAGUUUGAUGAGAACAACCGCCUGGCCGCACACCAUUACUUGUACCAGCGCAGCCAGCCGGUGGACUACUUCAUUCUCAUCCUGCAGGGCAGGGUCGAGGUGGAGAUUGGAAAAGAGGGCCUGAGGUUCGAGAAUGGGGCCUUCACAUACUAUGGAGUGUCCGCCCUGGCAGCUCCGUCUUCAGCUCGCCAGUCCCCCGUGUCUUCACGCCAGCUCAUCCGCCACGACCCGCAGCCUGAGCCACCCGAGGGUGCCCGCCCCUCCGCAUACUGUCCUGACUACACCGUGAGGGCCCUCUCUGACCUGCAGCUCAUUAAGAUCACACGGUUGCAGUACCUUAAUGCACUCCUGGCCUCCCGAGCCCAGAGCUUGCCUCCAUCCCCAGAGAAUGCUGAGCUCCAGGCCAUCCCAGGCAGCCAGACCAGGCUGCUUGGUGACAAGUCCACUGAGACAGCAGGGUCCAACCACAGCAGACCUGACGUCCCAGUGGAGAAGAGCCCUGGGCAGAACCCAGGAGUGUAACUGCUUGCCAGGCAGCCCCGAGCUGGAAAUGGACAAGCGUGUGGGGAGCUGGGGAGAGCCAAGCAGGAGCUUCAUGCCGCCAGCCCGUCCCCCACUGAUUCUGGCCACGUUUUAGAUGGCCAUUAUAAGAUGUGGGUCCCGGGCCUCCUGAAUGCCAGAGCCUUCAGCUGGCCCCGCCUUCCCUUAGGAGAUAGGACUGGCAGGGCAGUCCUCCAGAAGAAGCCUGUUUCUGGGGGGAUGAAAGGAACAGCAUCAUCUCUAGUCCACAGGGCCUCGCCUCUCCCCCGAUACCGUAAUGGCACAGUGUCUGUACCUCCCUGAGCCAGGUGCCCUGUGGGUACAGUUACUGCCUUUACAUGGUCUUGGCCUGUCGCACUUUGCUUUUGAUUGGCCAACCCUCUGCUCUUGGCAUCACUUUAUGAGCAAACCAAGAGUGCUGGCUUUGGAUGGAGAGUCAAGUCUGUGGCCCUGUCUGUACCUUUUUAUUUCCCUUACAAUGCCAUAUUUUGAUUCAUGUACCCCAGUUUUUUCCACGUGCCAAAUCUAAAAGCACGAUUCCCCAAUAAGUCUGUGCCCUAGCUCUGCUCCCUCCUGUGGAGGGAGGUAGCUUCUCUGGCUCCUGAAGUCGUGAGCAGGCUGGCCCAGUGACACAGGGGCCUGCCCAGCAUGGCUGAAAAGUCAGUGUUGAGGACCUGCCUUGUACUUUUGUCUUAAGCCUCCGGGGACAUGUGUGGCUAUAAUGGGUAGAGAACAGCGAUCAGGGAGGAUUGUUUAUAAACCUGGUACCUCCUUGUCACCUACUGAGAAGUCAAGGUUUUCUUGUAUCUGAAGUAUUUCAAAUUGUGUGCCCUUUUCCGUCUCCAGGGCCCUUGUCUUCGAGAUGCGGGGGUGGGAAAGCACAGGUUUCCUCGUCCAGUGUACCUACAUUUUCCUUCCACAGUUUCAGCUCUGGGACCAUAGACUGGGGUGGGGAGGGAGGAUUUCUGGAACCUUCCUCAAAAGAAUGUGGGUCCUGGUAAGUAAGACUUGCAGGCCAAGAGAACAGUGGUGUGCUUGCCAAGAAAGUAUUCUCAAGGAAUAUGUGCUAAGAACAAACUCAGGUUGGAAGCAAAUACUUUAAAAAUCAUCUCUCUCCAGAAAAGAAUUCUGAAUUUUGGCUGCAGAAUCACCUGGCACAUUAGAACCUUGGCUACCUGGGCCCUUCUGGGGCUUCUGAUUUAGUCACCUUGAACACCAGGGUUAGGGUCUUGAAAUGGUUUUAGAUUCAUAGAAGAGUUCCAUAUGCCCUUUACUCCACAUCCCCUGGUGUUAACAUGUUAAAUAACCUUGUUACAGUUAUCCAAAUUAAAAUGUUAACAUUGGUGUCAUAUUAUUUAACUGGAGGCUUGGUUUGGAUGUUACUUUUUGUUUUUUUCUAGUAAUGUCCUUUUCUGUUGCAGAAUUCCAAGGCAGGAUGCCAAAAUGCACUUAGAGCUAUUGUUUUCCUUUUUACCUAACUUUGUAUUUUAUAGUAAUUGCAGAUUCAUAGAAAGUUGGAAAGAUGCAGAGUCCGUACAUCCUUUAUCGGGCUUUCCUCGGUGGUCCUGUCUCACAAACUGUAAUGUAGUCUCAAAGCCUGGACUGGUGCAGGUGGUACCUGGCGCCUGUGUAGACCUGAGUAACUGCUACCCAAGUCUAACCCACUGUCCUGUCACUACCAGGGUUCCCCCUGGACUGUCACUCAGAGCCACCUGCCCCGUCCCUAGGCCCUGGCAACCACUAGACUGUUCCUCAUCUCUUUUAUUUUGUCAUUUCAAGAAUGUCGUUUGAGGGGUUGUGUGGUGUGUGGCCGUUAGGGACUGACUCCUUCACUCAGCACAGUUCUCUGGGGACUGACCCGGCUCAUCGUGCCAGCAGCUUGUCCCCUUUUCUUGCCAAGUGGUAUUCCAUGGUGUAUUCACUGUCCUGUCAGAGGACGUCUGGGUCGUUUCCAGUUUUUGGCCUUUUCCAAAUAAAGCUGCUAUGAACAUUCA